GGUUAAUCUUCACUCAAAUCCCAUUCUCUCUCUACCCACUGCGAAACCAUGGCAGAAGAAAUUUUAUCGCAGAUGAACACACUUUCCAUCUCCGACGAUAAACAAUCAUCUUCCGCAACCGCAACGAUCUCACUGGUAACAGCCGACGACACCGCAACCGCAACAAUCGCCGACGACACCGCAACUGCAACGAUUGCCGAUGACGACGCCGCAACCGCAACGAUCGCCGAAGCCGCAACCGCAACGAUCUCACUGGUAACGGCCGACGACAUUACUUUCACCGUCAAACCAGCCGUCGCAAACGAGAUGGAAACGGUUCAAUCCUUCAUAUCCGAGGCCGAUGGCAAAAUCACAACCAUUCCUCUUCCCAACAUUUCCAGCCACGAUCUUCCAUACAUAAUCGAAUACUGCGAGAACAGCGUUGCCGGUAAGAUCACGAAGGAGUUUGAAGGCGAGUUUGUGAAGAAGCUGAACAAUGAAGAGGUGAAAGAGCUUUUUCUUGCUGCGAAUUACUUGAAUGUGAAGAAGCUUUUUGAAUUUCUGAGUCAGGAGAUUGCGGAUCGGAUACAGAACAAGAGUGUGGAAUACGUGAGAAAGUAUUUUGGGAUUGAGAGUGAUUUUACGGUUGAGGAAGAGGCUAAGCUUCGCGAGGAACGUGCUUGGGCUUUUACUGGAGUGGAUCCUGAUGAAGAUGAGGAGUGAAAUUAGGGUUUAUGAAUUAGGGUUUUUUUAUUGAAUGUUUAAAUUAUGAAUUGGGAUUAAAAAUGUAAUUUCACCCUAAUUAUGAGUUUAGGUAUAACACUGAAUUGUGUGAAUUUUUGUUUCUUUCUCUAUAAUCAUAAAUAGCAAUUAUUCUAUGUGGUUUAAAGUUUAAA